CUACAAAAAGGGUACAACGGACCCAACAAGCAAAGAAGACAUGAGAGAGGCAUGACCCAGUGAGGGAGCAUGGAGAAUCUAACGAGUCACUUCUGUGGCACUCUCCUCUUCCAUGGAGCCUCUCUAUAAUUGCUUGGGAUUCUUGAACUGCCCUUCCCUCUCCUGCUUGUUGUCUGCAACCACCACCAACCAUCCUUGCUGCUUACUCCGGUGAAGAUUUCCUGUGACUCCCUCUCUUCUCUCUGAGCUUUAGGUUCUCGGUUGAGGCAAUGGAGAAUGGAGGUGGAAGGGGGAAGAGGCCAUGUCAGACCACGCCACCGACUUCAAAGCCUGCGGCCGAAGCAGACGACCAAGAGGAAGCUGUGGAGGAGUUCUAUGCUCUUCUCGAAAACAUCAGGGCCAUGAGAGACCUCAUCAGGACAAGUGACGACCGCAAGAGGCAGAAGACCGAGGCGACGCCGCCGUGGAGACCGACCUUCGCGUUGGAGGACUUCAGGGAGAGAGAGGAGCCCCGUGCGACGGCGGAGAGCGCAUUGAACCCCUCGAAAGUGGAGGAGAGAGGGAAGGGGAAGGAGAAGAGGGAGGUGGGAGAAGAAGAGAACUCUGUGGACCUCAGUCUCUCGCUCUAGUGCUUGCUUCAUAUCUGACAUGAUCAGUUAUACCGCUUUGAUUUCUUCCCAUUUGUAUGAUCUUUCCUUGGAUUUGUAUUGCUCAUGGAAAGCUAAUCCUUCCUCGAUGACAAUCUUACUGUCGAUGCUGUGAACUGAAUGGAACAUAUUAUCCCGAUAAGUGAAUUGUUAGAUCUGGACUCUCUGCUCUGACAUUUCUGUGCAGAUAGAACAGAUGUAUUUUUUUUCUCUUCUUCUUGUUCGUUAACUGGCAAAUCAGAAUCAUUUAAGUUGAAAUUUGAGAACAAACAUUGGCUUGUUUGCCUGCU